CCACCGGACUCCAGUCUCAUACACCCCAUCUCAUCCCGCGCUCUCUUCACAGAGAUAGCAGCACCAUGGACUUCGAGGACGACUCCUCGUCCAGCUCUUUCUCACCCAAUGAAGUCUCUCCUUCGCACGUGCCAGCCACCAGCUCCUCUUCCUGCUGCUCCGCCUCCCCGCGAGUGCCCGCAAAGUCGCCGAAGCGCCGAGCAGGGAGGAAGAAAUUCCGGGAGACGCGCCACCCGGUGUACCACGGCGUGCGGGAGCGCAACGGCGGCAAGUGGGUGUGCGAGGUGCGGGAGCCCCGAAAGAAGAGCCGCAUCUGGCUCGGGACCUACGCCACGCCGGAGAUGGCCGCCAGGGCCCACGACAUCGCCGCAAUGGCGCUUCGCGGCCAAGCGGCGCUCCUCAACUUCCCCGACUCGGCGUGGACGUUGCCACCGCCGGCGUCGUCCUCCGCUGAGGAUAUUCGGCGUGCUGCGUCGAAGGCGGCCGAGAUGUUUCGGCCUACCGUGUCAUUGCCAGCGCCGCAGGCGCAGCCGGCGGCGGUGUUCGUGGACGAGGAGGCUUUGUUCAACAAGCCCGGAUUGUUGGAUGACAUGGCGAGGGGACUGAUGCUGACGCCGCCAGCUAUGCAGAAAGGGUUCGACUGGGAUGGCGUGGAAUGCCAAAUGGACCUGUCGAUGUGGACUGACUGA